GAACUAUCUUCUUUUGUUUUGGUGAAAAGCUGGAGGGAAAUUGAGGGGAAAUAUAUAGAUCACUUUUCUUUCUCCUGUGGCAAGAAGGUGUUAGCUUUAAAUCUUCUUAAUGUUCAAGAUGAUGAUACCAAGGAGGAGGAGAAUAAUUCCCAUAUCAUGAAGUUUCUGAAUGGUAAAGAUGAAUCAUCAGUGAUUUAUCUUUCUUUUGGGAGCGAAUACUACUUGUCGAAGGAAGAAAGGGAAGAGAUAGCACAUGGGUUGGAGCUGAGCAAUGCUAACUUCAUAUGGGUACUUAGGUUUCCUGUGGGAGAUUCUAUUGCCCUAGAAGAAGCUUUACCCGAAGGGUUUCUGGAGAGGGUGAAAGAGAGAGGGAUAGUGGUGGAUGGAUGGGCACCACAGGCUAAAAUUCUUGAGCAUCCAAGUACUGGUGGUUUCUUGAGUCAUUGUGGAUGGGGUUCUGUGACAGAAAGCAUGUAUUUUGGGGUUCCAUUGUUAGCUUUGCCCAUGUUCUAUGACCAGUUUCUUCAAGCUAGACUUGCAGAAGAUAUUGGUGUCGGUAUUGAGAUUCUGAGAGGUGAAAACGGGCAGACAAAUAGGGAAGAGGUGGCUAAAGCCAUAAAAAUGGUUGCUUUGGAGAAUGAAGUGGGAGAAUUAUUGAGAGAAAAAGCUAGAGAGUUGAGUAACAACUAACAAGAUGAGAGGAGGAGAAGGAGUGUUGCAUGAAGCAAUAAAGAAGCUAAAGAAUUUAUGCAGCAAGAACAAGUAGCAGAACUGCUGAAUCUGGGAUGGAUAGAUAUGAUAGAAAAUGUUUGAGACAGAUAUUCAAUGAUUAACCUUUCAUAUGCUGAUAGUACAAGCCAAGGAUUAUCAUUACAGCAUUUUUUUUUUUCCCCUAAAAACCCCGUACCGAUUGCUAUGGAGCUAAACUGCAGUUGUAAUAUGUAUUCAUUUCGAUUGAUGCCAUCGGCGUUACUGA